UAGUGAGGAAGUGUUUUGUUUUUUUUACUGCAAUCCAAUAUUUCUGGAAGCACAUUAGCUGUUCAUACCUCUUACAGACUGGACUCUCUGGUUUGGACUCAUGAUGCUUCUCCUCUUUCUGCUCCUUAUUAGAGCUGCUGACGGGGAAUCCUCUGAGAAAGUAUGCAGCUAUCAGGAUGUUUUAAACCACCUGAACUUGACCAAAGACAACGAGCUGUUCUCCAUGACUCGUCCCAUCAAAGACUACAAACGGUCCACAGAAGUGUCCCUGGAGCUUCUGCUUUACGCCAUUCUAGAUGUGAAAGAGAUUGACCAGACGUUUGUUCCUUAUGUUUGGAUUCUCAUGAAAUGGCAGAAUGAUUACAUAAGCUGGGAUCCACAUGACUUUUGUGGCAUUACGAAUGUUUCUCUUCCUACUGGAGUCCUGUGGAAGCCAGAUCUCACGAUUGAAGAGAUACCAAAGAACUACAGACUCUUCACAACCUGCUCAAACUCUUGGUACAGGACCUCACCACACGGGUCAAGAAGGAUAGAAAAGGACAAAGCCCCUCCAAGUCCUCAUCUCACUAUCGACUACAACGGUACAGUGUUCGUUCAGAACGACCAGGUUCUAGUCAGCACCUGCAGGAUGCACGUCUACAAAUUCCCCUUUGACACUCAGAGCUGCACCCUCUCCUUCAAAUCUGUCGUUCACACCGUCACAGAAAUCAGACUUGUUCACCACUGGAGCUCUUCAGAGACCACUGAAUGGUCACGUGAGCUGAUGAGGACUCAGUACGAAUGGUUGUUCUUAAACAUGAAAGUCACCAACAAGUCUGUUACCACGUUUGGCGCUGAGCAAGACAUGAUCAUUUACACCAUCUCCAUGAAGAGACGGCCUCUCCUCUACAUUAUCAACUUCUUGCUGCCCGUCUUCUUCUUCUUGUGUCUGGACUUGGCCUCCUUCCUGAUCUCAGACAGAGGAGGCGAGAAACUCAGCUUCAAGGUCACUGUACUUCUUGCCGUCACAGUGAUGCAGCUCAUUCUCAAUGAAAUUCUGCCUUCAUCAUCAAACAGGAUUCCACUUAUAGCCGUCUACUGCAUUGGGAUUUUUGGUCUGAUGCUGCUCAGCCUCCUGGAGACAAUUGUUGUGAUGUAUCUGAUGGAAAAAGACUCGGCACCCCAAGAUGACGAGACAGAUGGAGAUCAAAGCCUGAACACAGACUGUGGAGGUAAACGGGGCAAAGCCAGCGUCUCCUGGUGUGAAGGAGGGAAUAAGAAGUGGAAUCCCUGUGUUUGCAUCUGUGAUGUGGCUGCUGAUGAAGCAACACCAGCUGAACUACUGAAGGGGAGCAGCAGCCAGCUGACAGAGGAGCCAAAUGCUUUAGUAAAGCUCUCAGAUGAGCUGAAGGAUGUGGUGAAAACACUGAUUCUGCUCCUCAAUAGCAGGAAGGAGGAAGAGAAGCCUGGCUACUGGACCAAAAAGACCGAAACUAUCAACAAAGCUUAUUUCAUAUUCUAUAUUACAGCUGCCAGUCUGUUUUUAGUCUUUAUGUUCUUCAACUGGACUCAUGCAUGAACAUGAAAAUGCUACUGAAAGACAUAUGAGUGAGAUAUACAGUAAUUUAGUGUGAUAUUACUGGCAAUUACACAAUCUGUGUUCACAUAUGAAGCUGCCUGCACAAGCUUUUCAUAAAUCGCUCACACUUUCUGGCUAUGUUUAGAUCUAUAGCAGAAGGAAUAAGAAAUCUGUCAAAUCAACCUUAUUUCCAUGUUAAAAUCUGUUUCAAUGACCAGAUGGAUCAAUAAUGUGAUGCGCUACUUCUUAUUAUGAAUUUCCAGUAUGAGAAAUGUGUGUGUUUUACAAUCUGUAGUAUUUAUUAUUUGUAGUUAUGCAGCUUGGAAUGAGAGGUAAAUAUCUGAUUAUGCUCAACUAAUUAAUGUCAGUUUCUCAUUUAGUCAUUAUUGCCUAAUUGCGUUGUAUUCUGAGUGUGUUGUGCUAUUUUCUGUGAAAUGUGUUUGCUUCUUCUCGGUUAAUUUUGUCAGUUCUAUGGAAGAAGCAGCUUUUUAGAUGUGUGUAUAUCCUCUUGACUGCAUGUUUUACAAACUGCUGCAUGCAUCAGCCUGAUUGUUGUAUAUAAUUCUACUAAUGACUAUUCCACGUGUUUGUUGUGCAAAAUGCACAGUUGUGACGAUGAGUGAAUCCACUAAUACUUAAUAAAAAGCAAGGCAUGAAAGCAGAACCAAACUUGUAUCAUUUGCACUGAAGUGUAACAUCAUAAAUGUCUGUUCAAUAAACAGA